UUAUUGCAUGGUCUCUGGAACAUCACUAGUCUUCGUCGCUCCACCGUUACCGACGCUGCCGCCGCCACCACCACCACCGCUACCGUUCGGCCUGUUUAGGAAUUUCAGGCACUCUCUGAGAAAGCGAUUACACUGAAAAAGUCCUUUUUGACAAGGAAAAAGCUGCUCGUUUUGUCCUUACCAUGGCAACUAGGUUGCAGUUCGAGAAUUCAUGUGAAAUUGGGGUCUUCUCCAAGCUGACAAACGCUUACUGCUUGGUCGCAAUUGGUGGAUCAGAAAACUUUUACAGCACGUUUGAAGCUGAGUUAGCAGAUGCCAUUCCAGUUAUUAAAACCUCCAUAGGUGGAACCCGGAUAGUUGGACGGCUUUGUGCUGGAAACAAAAAUGGUCUUAUUCUGCCUCAUACUACUACUGACCAAGAGCUUCAACACUUGAGAAACAGUUUGCCAGAUAGUGUUGUUGUUCAGCGUGCUGAUGAGAGGCUAUCCGCUUUGGGAAACUGCAUUGCUUGCAAUGACCAUGUUGCUCUUACGCACACUGAUCUUGAUAGGGAAACUGAAGAGUUGAUUGCGGAUGUUCUCGGAGUUGAAGUCUUUAGGCAGACAAUAGCUGGGAAUAUACUUGUUGGCAGCUAUUGUGCUUUUUCUAACAGAGGUGGCUUGGUGCAUCCUCAUACAUCCGUCGAAGACUUGGAUGAACUUUCGACGCUCCUCCAGGUUCCUCUGGUGGCCGGAACUGUGAACCGAGGUAGUGACGUGAUUGCUGCUGGAUUGACAGUCAACGACUGGACCGCGUUUUGUGGCUCUGACACUACCGCAACGGAGUUGUCUGUCAUCGAGAGCGUUUUCAAGCUGAGAGAGGCUCAGCCAAGCGCUAUCGUCGAUGAAAUGCGGAAAUCGUUGAUCGACAGCUAUGUUUAAGUUCUGUGCUUCACAUCCACAUAAUGUAAGUUUUGUGCUGAAAAUUCACAUAAUGUGUGUUGAAAAUUUUAAAGCUCAUAACUAAAUUGCUUUGCUUUUUAUGUGCACAAGUACUCCUCCAAGAAUGAUUUGCAUAUUUA